AGACGAUAAGUAGCGGUGGCGCGCGUGGGCCGCGUUGUGUGUCGCUGUGCCGGUGAUUGGGUGCAAUAGGAGCAGGGGUGCUUGUCCGACGGCCCGGACACGAGGCUCGCGGGAGGACGUCUGACGUGGGUCCGGAGACAUCAGUCACAGUCACGGACUUGGGCGCACUGCAAGGAUCCCACGGAGAGCACCGGGCGAGGCAUCGCAGAGCCGCGCGGCCGGCGGCGGCUCGGGUCACAGCAGAGGCUCUCCUGUGUGUUGUGCUUAGGCGACCCAUCAGUCUGAGCCACGUCUGAGCUGGGCUCAAGAUGAUCGUUCACGGGGUGCGGGCUGCACUUUUGGCAACCGUUCUACUCCAGACGGUAUGCGGACAGAGAGCAGUACAGAGCGGCCAGAACGGACAGGGUGGGCCGUCGGUGGCCAACAUUGAGGUCCAGUGUCAGAAGACCGGGAUGCAAGUACAGAUCGAGUUCUCAGAACGGUUCGACGGCAUCAUCUUCAGCAAGGGGCACUUCGCCGACCCCAACUGCCGGUACGCGGGCGGGCCGGGCCGCGGCGGGCGCACGCGGACAUUCACCGUGCCCAUGACCAGCUGCGGCACCAGCGUGCGCGACGGCAGCGUCUUCAGCAACACGGUGGUGCUGCAGACGGACCCGACCAUCCAGGAGGCCUGGGACCUGGCCCGUACCAUCACCUGUGACUGGCAGCGGGCCGGCGCGCGGCGCACCGUCACCUACUCGCCGCUCCCCGUGGCCGGCAUGCAGGCCGAGGAGGUGCGUUUCGCCGCCAACGAGUCGGUCAGCUGCGGCAUGGACGUGCAGGUGGGCCGCUGGCCGCAGUCGCAGGCCGUUACGCAGAUGGUCUCUGUCGGCUCCGAUCUAUCGCUGCUGAUGUUUGCCGAGGACCCGGCCGGACAGCUGGAUCUACGUGUGGGCGAGUGCCGAGCUUACAGCAGCGCCGACUUCCAGAGCGCCGCUAGCGUCCAGCUCACAGACUCCAACGGCUGCGUGCUCAAGCAGAAGCUGAUGACUGAACUGCAGGUGACGCGCCGACAGCUGGAUGGGCGGGAUCGUGUCAUCGCCUACAGCUACCUAUCGGCCUUCAAGUUCCCGGAUGUGCUGGAGGUUCACUUCAGCUGUGACGUCGAGGUCUGCAAGGGUCUGUGUCCAAAGUCGUGUGUGCGCCGUGAUACCUCGGCGGGAGCGAGAGUAACCUCACAACGUCCAGCAACGGCAGCGAUCACACGAAGACCGGUAACGACCUCACAGCGCCCUGUGGUGACCUCUCAGCGUUCGGCGUCUGGGUCAGUGUUCCCCUCUCGGAGACCGGUGGGCGGCGGGCGGCGUUGGAGGCCUGCCAGUCGCACGGUCAGCCCCCGUCGAACCACCCCGGCCAUCCGCCGACGGGUGACCACGGCUCAGACGACCACAACUGCCGCCACCACGACGGAGUUUAGCAGGAACGCAGCGCAACCGCAGCAGCCUCAGACGACGCAACAACCGCAGACAACGCCACAGCCUCAGCCAUCCCAGCAGCCGCAGCAACCGCAAGGGCAGUCUUCACAACCUCAAAGUUCGCAGCAGCCACAGCCCCCUACCAAGGACUACCCAACAUUCAACAUCAACACAAAGCGUGACUUUCCUAGCAAGAACGCGCUGGAGGAGGGAAGUGUGCGCACGGACAAUCUGCUCAGCCAGCUGGCUAACAUCGAGCUGGGCCGUCUGCCGGGCUCUGGGAGCUCACAGACCAGUGUCCCAACUCCGAGAAAUCCGGCGCCGCGUGUGCCGGACGCCGUCACCAGCCGCCCGCCGCCCGGGAAGAGAACCCCACCGUCUGACCUGGCCGCCACCCGCGUGGUGCAGACACCGUUCGGACCAGUGACCGUACCGGCCGCUCUUCUAGCUGGGGCCACCAACGGCAAUAAGCGUCAGAACGCUUCGAUCAAUGACAUCCCCAGCACUCCCGCGCCCACGCCUCCACAAACCUCCAAUUUCAUCUCGUUCGAGUCUCCGCCGGCGGAGAAUGAGGUGCUCGGUGCAGCCACGCAGCUCCGCGCGGUCGAGGCGGCGCCGCCGGCCGCCAUUCCCGUACCGAUUCCGGUGCCCGUUAAACGACCCAAGCCCGGCCGGGGUCGGAAGCGCCGCCUGCGUGGUCCGCGUUUUCCGUUCGGUCUGCGCGGCCGUUCUAAGCGGUCUCUGGUUCCGCCGGCGGAGAUCAGACCCGUGCGGCUGUCUCGCCAGGUGUAUGUGGCCGCCGAGGACGAACUGACGGCCAGUGAGGACCCGGAGCCGUCCAGCCGCCGGCGGCCGGCCGACUCGAUCUGUCUGGGGGUGGGCACGUUUACUGCCGGGCUGCUGGUGGCCGCUGGCGGAGUCUUGUUUGGACUGGCGGUCGGCUGUGCCGGCUGCUGGCAGCGCCGCCAGCGGACCAGCCGACCCAAACUGAACGCUCUGCCCCAGGUGGACAGGCUGUAUCGGCGGGCCCGCUAGCUACCCCGACGAGCAACUUACCGCUUUGGGGGUCGUGAACGGUCUGUCUUUCAGCGUUAUUUGUUGGUGUAAAAUAACUUAUCGCGCCUAUGGUCAAUAGAUUCGACGCAAGCUCUCAAUUUAGUGUUCUAUUAUCAUGUUUUCUUCCAUUCAUCGGCGUAACUAACAAGGGUCUGGGAUUUGCAGGGCUUAGUUGACAGACACCGUACUGUUUGCGGUUUUUGGCUUGUUUAAAGAGCUAAGCGCUUGUAUUGGUUUUUAGAGCUAUGUGUGAGACGCGCCGGUAUCUGCCGACGCUGCACGGUCCUUUCUGGAAGAAUGGAUACUGAAAGGCGUCAGCGGCUGUAGGUAAAAUGGUCGAUGGUUGAUGCUGGCACUGUAAUGUGUAAAUACAAACAAUUGCUAAUAAUCGCCGUCGACAUGCAUUUGUAAUAAAAACAAAAUAAAAACAAAAACAGUU